UGCUUAUACUUUAGUUUCAAGUGAAAUCGCGCAGGGAUUGCGCGUGUGCAUCGUUGUGUUGUGCCACGUGAUUUUAAAUUUGGAACAUUUUAUUUAUUUGACAUUACUUUUUCGAAAGUUUCGAUAUUUAAUAAUGGCCUGUCCUAUGAGAUCGAUAAUAGAUGAAGCAGGGCAAGAAGGUAACCACCUCGGUAAUGAGGCAGGUAUGCUUUACGGAGAGUACCUGAUGCUUGAUAAAUUGCUCAGCGCUCAGAGAAUGCUCAGCGCCGAAUCAUCGAAACCUGUGCACGAUGAACAUCUGUUUAUUGUGACACAUCAAGCAUAUGAACUAUGGUUUAAACAGAUAAUAUUUGAAGUGGACUCCGUGAGAUCAUUACUAGACGUAGAAGGAUUAGACGAAAGCCACACUAUGGAGAUUUUGAAACGUCUUAACCGAAUAGUCUUAAUAUUAAAGCUUCUAGUCGACCAAGUAAUGAUCUUAGAGACUAUGACGCCAUUAGACUUUAUGGACUUCAGGAACUAUUUACGACCGGCGUCUGGAUUCCAAAGUCUACAAUUUCGGCUACUGGAAAAUAAAUUGGGUCUAAAGCAAGCUCUACGUGUUAAAUACAAUCAAAAUUACCAAACUGUGUUCGGAGAUGACCCUGAAGCCAUGGAAUCAUUACAUAAGUCUGAAGAAGAGCCCGCGCUUCUUGCACUUAUAGAACGAUGGCUGGAACGGACGCCUGGUCUUAAUACCUAUGGGUUCAACUUCUGGGGUAAAUUUCAGGCAGCUGUAGACAAGCUGAUCAAAGGUGACAUCGAAGAUGCCAUGCGUGAACCCAACGAAGUGGUGCGUCGUCAUCGUCUGCAGGACGCUGAAAACAGGCGGGAAAUAUACCGAUCCAUCUUCGACCCAGCUGUUCACGACGCGCUACGCUCGAGGGGAGAAAGACGGCUUUCACAUCGCGCACUACAAGGCGCUAUCAUGAUUACAUUCUACCGCGAUGAGCCACGCUUCUCUCAGCCGCAUCAACUGCUGACUCUGUUGAUGGACAUGGACAGCCUGAUAACGAAAUGGCGUUACAAUCACGUGAUAAUGGUUCAACGCAUGAUUGGCUCCCAGCAGCUCGGAACAGGCGGUUCCUCGGGAUACCAGUAUCUACGAUCUACGCUUAGUGACCGGUACAAGGUAUUCUUGGACUUAUUUAACUUAUCUACGUUCCUCCUACCUCGUUCUCUCAUCCCCCCUCUCGAUGACGGGAUGAAGAAAGAUCUUAACUUAACAUGGGGUGAACAAAUCAAGGAGAACGGCCAGAACGGAGAUCACCAACAAAAUGGCCUUGAUGAUUCUGUAUCAAAAUUGUCGAUUAAUCCUUCAUCAUAAUUUAGUUAGCUAUAAUUUGCAUUUAUGAAGUCAACAUUCUGUAUAAUUCAUUAAUAAAUAUCAAGAAUUUGUGCA